CGUAACCGUCGUAAUAUCACCUGUUUCCCUCUCGUAUUCCAGAUCCAACCUCAAACAAAACCGUUUUCACGUUUUCACGUUUCAUAUAUUUUAUUGUUUGUUGUCGUCUGUUCGUCCGACCUCUGUGACUAUGUUGUCAGACUAACGAUAAUUGUCAUUGUCAUCGCCGCUUAUUAUUGUCGUCGCGACCAGACCGACGUACGACAUCGUCUCACGUUGUACGCUUGAUGAACAACGUCCGAUCAGCAUAAAAUAUAAUAUUAAGUAUAAUACAUAAUAUUAUUAUAUUUUCGUGUAACGCAAUCGUAUAAACGUAAUACCGUCGUCGAGAAGAACCUUGACGAUGACCUGUGCCGCGAGUGGUGUCCGCCUUUGCGGGCCGCUGGUGUUUUUCGGGCUCGUCGCACUGCUGUCCUCCGGUGCUUCGGCUGAUGCUGAAACCAUCUUCGUCCAGAGACAUGUCCAAAUGCUCGGCUCGCGAGAAUGCACUUAUGGCCCGGCGUUUUGGUGCAAAAACAUUACAAACGCUGCUGGUUGUAACGCUGUCAAACAUUGCAUUCAAACAACUUGGGUUACACAGACAUAUCCGGAAGAUAAUGAUGAUAUUUGUACAAUUUGUAAAAAUAUAAUGAAAGAAGCUUGUGACACACUUACCAGUAAUGUUACAUUGGAAGAAUUGAAAGAAGUCUUCGAUGGAUCUUGUGAAUUAAUGCCAUUAAAAAUAGUUAAAGAGGAAUGUAAGAAAUUAUCAAAUGGUUUUAUACCUGAACUCGUUGACACAUUGGCUUCAGAAAUGGACCCUAAUGUUGUUUGCACAGUUUCUGGUUUGUGCAAUAAUGCACACAUUGAUAAGCUUCUAUUAGAAAAUAAAGAAAAAGAGGAACCAGGAGUUGAUAGUGAACUCCAUCAAUGUAAAAAAUGCGCUAUUACUAUAAACAAAGGAGAAGAUUUAGUACAGAGCAUGUCUAGAGAUGAUAUUUUUAAUAGAUUCUUGAUGGUGUGUGGAGAACUGAGCAGUUAUUCCGAUGCAUGCAGCAGUAUUGUAUCAACAUAUCAUAAUGAAAUAUACAAUGCCGUCAAAAAUGGUUUUAAUAAACGUAAUUUAUGUUUGUUGAGUGGUAUAUGUUCAGCAGAAUUCCAUCUACAUUAUGAUUAUGAAAAAUCAAUGAACGCUUUGAUGGAUGUUAAAAUUAGUAAUGCUGGAGGUAGGAUUCAAAUCCAAAAAUCUAAUGAAGUCAGUGAUGAAUUGACAUGUGAAUCUUGUGAAACCUUGGUCAACGAUUUGAGAGAUAUUUUGAUAACUUUUUUGACUGAGGAAGAAUUCUCAGAUGAACUUAAAAUUCUUUGUGAACUAACUGGAAGUUUUACAACUGAGUGUUUUGCAAUAGUUGAAAAAAAUUAUACGCAAUACUACAAGUUCCUUGUUAGCGAACUGAAUGGAAAAGAUCUUUGUACAAUAGUUGGCAUUUGUCCUAAAUCUCUUAACUCUCGUUAUAAUCUCAAUUUUAUUGCAUCAAUGUACCCGCUUGUUCCAAUUGACCUUUUACAAACCCAAGAAGCCAUUAAAAUUGAAGAAGAUAGUUCAUUUACUGCUAAAAAAGAACAAAAUGAACAUAAGCCUACACUUGUCAUGGUCGAUGAACAACCUCCUAAAGUUCAAAAUAUUGAUGUCCCUAAGAAAUCUGUAGUUAUUGAUGUGUUCUAUAAGGAAAUGCAUUUUGUUGUCAAUGAUGUCAGUAUGCCAAAUGAUAAAACUACAUGUUUCUUGUGCCAAUCAAUUUUAAAUUAUGUCCAACAAGUAGUAACCGAUCCAAAGUCUAAAGCAGAUAUCCGUACAUCAUUGGAAAAGUCAUGCUUUUUUGUGCCAUUGUCAUUUGAACAACAAUGUAAACAGUUUAUCAACCAAUAUGGCGAUGCCUUUAUUUCACUUAUAGUUCAAGAAGUUGAUGCAUCAAUUAUUUGUCCAGAAUUGAAAUUAUGCCCAGUUACAGAUUUGUCAUUAACUUCAAAUGAAGAUAGUGAAAGUUCAAAUAAUUGUCCAAUGUGUUCUAUUUUUAUGUCAGCUUUAGAAUCUGAAAUAUCUAAUAAAGAUACAGAAGUAAGUGAACAAAAUAUUUUUGUCGACAUUGGUUGGUUGAUAAUUAAUCAUAAUUGUAAUAUUCAGGAAGUGAUUAAAAAAAAAUUGGAAAAGUUAUGUACCAAACUACCAUCAAAAUGGAAAGGAGAAUGCACAGAGUUUGUUUCAGCUCAGUUACAAAGUAUACUCAACAUGUUGGUUGCUCAAGUUAAACCUGAUGAAAUUUGUGUUUUAUUGGACAUUUGCAAACCCAAGACCAUCUCUGAAAGUGCUGAAAAUGAUUUAGAAACAAAUAUGAUUGCUACAGCUGGACAAACUACUAUAGUGUUUCCGGGGUACAAUAUGGGACAAUUAAUGGCCAAUAAUUACAAAAUGUUGGAAGAACCGAAAGUUACAAAUUUAUAUUAUUGUAAAGUAUGCACAAUUGUAAUGAAAUAUUUGAAUGGUGAAAUCAAAGACAAAUCAAAUCAAGAGGAAAUAGAACACGUUUUAGAUUCAACAUGUAGCAUAUUACCAAAUGUAGUAGAAAAUGAAUGUCAAUCUUUUAUUGACUCAAACUAUCAGCUAAUCAUUAAGUUUUUGACAAUUGGAACCGAUCCGGGUAUUGCUUGUGCCACAUUUAUGGUGUGCGAUGAUGAUAAAAUAGGAGGUAAACAAACUAUUAGUCUACCUAAAAAGAGUGUACACUUGACUACAACAGAACCUGCUGAAUUGGAUAGUUCUAAUGGUUGUGCUGCCUGCAAUAUUUAUAUUUUUACUAUCUUUUGGUUUUUUUUUUUCCAAACAUUUUGGAUUAACUAAUGUAUAAAGAAAAAAUAUAUAUUUUUAUACUUACUAUAUGUAUAUCAAAGAGAAAACCAAUUUUUCUAUAAAAAAUAUGAACCUAAAAAAUUCACAUAAUGUUUUUGUGAUCAAAACUUAAAAAUUAGUGAAAUUAAUUUCUUUAUUUAUAAUAUUAUGUAUUUUUUUUUUUAUAUUUUUGUGUUUGUUUUAUAUUUGCAUUAGAUAAAUUUGUCAUUAAGACAAUUAUUGUAGUCCAACUGAAUAGUCUUGAUUUCAGCAUGUCAGAACAGUAUGAAUAUAUUUUUAAUAAUAG